GAAAUUUUAUUUUGGCCCCCUUAUUCUUAAGAUAUUCCAUUUUUGACACCACAUCACAAACCUGAGAUCUGCCUGCCUCGGGCAUAUACGUUAGAGAUCGUAUCGUCUCUCUCUCUUUCCCUGUAGCCUGUACACACCGCGUUUCGAUCUUCAAUUUCCACUGCAGGCACAUAGUUUCUCAUAUGAGUAUCACUCUCUCGUGCCCUUUCCAGUACGUUGAACUAUAUAGGGAAUGUUGGUGGAAUACCUUUUGUCUUAGGGUUUUUGGGUGCCGAAAUCUGGUGAGUUCGGACAUUCUUUCGAACUCGAUCUAUUUGAAUCAGUAGGAGUUUUAGUGUCUCUUUUGUUGUUGAUGUGCGCUGAUGUAAUGUAAAUGGGUUUUUUUUAACCCGAAGAAGUAGGUAUGUCUGGUUCUUCCUAUUUUGUUGGAUUUUGAGUUUCUUCUGAGUUCUUCGUGGGCAGUUAGAUAAAAGGAUAUGGCAGACUUUGGGAGUUUAUGAAGUGUGCAAUUGUUGGUUUUUUGGGCUGUAACAUGAUGAAGAGGUCAAAAAGUGAACCUUCUACUGUUAGGAGGUUCAGAUUGUCACAUUUGUUAUUUGGUAUAGCAGCUGUAUACUUACUAUUCUUAGGAUUUAAGUUCCAACAUUUUCUAGAGCUUGCUGCAUUGUUGAGUGGAGAUGAUAGUUAUGUUGGUUUGGAUGGGACUACGGUGGGGGAAAAUGAAGAGGUGGAUCUAAGCAAAGGAUUCUUUGGUUCUGCCUAUAAGGAUACUUUACAUCAGGAGGUAGAGGACGAACAGAACCAUAAUGCACCACUUAUGCCGAAGAAAGAACAUCAAGGCGAAGAAAAUGGGGGAGCUAGAUCUAUAAAGCCAAUUCAGCACAAAUAUGGUCGGAUAACGGGUGAGAUCAUGAGGCAAAUGAAUAGGACAAGUGAUUUUUCAGUGCUUGAGAGAAUGGUCGAUGAGGCUUGGACAUUGGGUUUGAAGGCAUGGGAAGAAGUGGAAAAAUUUGACGUAAAGGAUAGUGAAGAGGAUACUAUGAUGGAGGGGAAGCCUGAGUCUUGUCCUUCAUGGGCAUCAGCGAGUGGAAAUGAGUUGGCUGCUGGUGACAGGCUUAUGUUCAUUCCUUGUGGGCUUGCUGCAGGGUCCUCCAUAACAGUUGUUGGAACACCACACAAUGCACAUCAAGAGUAUGUGCCUCAACUUGUGAAAUUGAGGAGGGGUGAUGGUUUAGUUAUGGUUUCUCAGUUUAUGGUUGAACUGCAAGGAUUGAGGGCGGUGGAUGGGGAGGAUCCUCCAAAGAUUCUACAUUUGAAUCCUCGACUUAGAGGAGAUUGGAGCCAGCAUCCUGUCAUUGAGCACAAUACCUGCUAUCGGAUGCAAUGGGGGACAGCUCAGAGGUGUGAUGGUUUACCAUCCAAGAAUGAUGAAGACAUGCUAGUCGAUGGAUACCGUAGGUGUGAAAAAUGGGUGCGAAAUGAUAUUGUUGACCCAAAGGAGUCCAAGACGACCUCAUGGUUCAAACGGUUUAUAGGACGUGAACAGAAGCCUGAGGUGACUUGGCCAUUUCCUUUUGUAGAAGGUAAACUGUUUAUCCUGACCCUGCGUGCAGGUGUUGAUGGAUUCCAUGUUCAUGUCGGAGGUCGUCAUUUGACUUCAUUCCCAUACCGUAUGGGAUUUACACUUCAAGAUGCCACAGGUUUGGCAAUUAAAGGGGCUGUUGAUGUUCAUUCAGUUUAUGCAACAGCUCUUCCCACUUCUCAUCCAAGUUUCUCACCUCAGAGAGUAUUGGAAAUAUCGGACAAGUGGAAAGCUCAUCCUUUACCUGAGGUUCCUAUUCGACUUUUUAUUGGGGUUCUCUCUGCUACUAAUCAUUUUGCGGAACGCAUGGCUGUUAGAAAAACUUGGAUGCAGUCUUCAGUCAUCAAAUCUUCACAUGUAGCAGUUCGAUUCUUUGUUGCAUUAAAUCAAAGGAAGGAGGUUAAUGCGGUGCUGAAGGAAGAGGCUGCUUAUUUUGGUGAUAUUGUUAUUUUGCCCUUUCUGGAUCGCUAUGAGCUCGUAGUGCUUAAAACUAUUGCCAUCUGUGAGUUUGGGGUUCAAAAUGUGACGGCUACAUAUAUUAUGAAAUGUGAUGAUGACACUUUUGUUAGAGUGGAGAGUGUCCUCAAAGAAAUUGGAGGCAUAUCUCACAACAAGUCCCUGUAUAUGGGCAAUCUCAAUCUCUUGCAUCGCCCUCUGAGAAAUGGAAAAUGGGCAGUCACAUAUGAGGAAUGGCCGGAAGAAGUUUAUCCACCAUAUGCCAAUGGGCCUGGAUAUAUUAUUUCCAGUGAUAUAGCUAAAUUUGUCUUAGAGCUACAUGUUAAAAGGCGCUUGAGGCUUUUUAAAAUGGAGGAUGUGAGUAUGGGAAUGUGGGUUGAACAAUUUAAUGGAACCGUACCAGUCCAGUACUCCCAUAACUGGAAAUUUUGUCAGUAUGGUUGCAUGGUGGACUACUACACUGCUCAUUAUCAAUCGCCAAGGCAGAUGAUCUGUCUUUGGGAUAAGCUGGGUAGAGGUCAGGCUCAGUGCUGCAACUUUAGAUGACAGGUCAGGCAGUUUCACCCUUCACAUUUUUCCAUUUUUUGUCAAUUGAAGUGGAUUGAAGUGAGUUCGAGGGAUAUUCAGGAGGGUACAGAUUGUUUGCUGUUGUACUCUGCACGGCUGAUAGAUAGGUAGGUAAUCAAUCUCAUUUCUGCAGGAUAUGAAAGCAAUGAAGAUCGUAGAAUUAAAAUGUAUAUGCAAACAUGGAAUCUCAAAUUGUCAAUGUCAAUUUAACCAAUCGAUGAGAAUCAUUCAAUUUUA